AUGAAGCAGAAACACAAACCGGCCACUAGACCCUCAGGUGGAGGACACUGGCUGACUGGUUCAUCUUCAGCAGUAGAGUCAGCAGGCAAUCAAGGUCCUCCUUCAACCAACCAAAGUAUUUCUGAACAAAAAGUCCAGACCUUGUAAGGACUUCCUCUAUGACACCGACAGCUAGGUGUAGAACUUGACAUGUUCUCCAGACAAACAUGCCCUCAUAAUGACAGUCCUCCUUUCAUGGGUCCAUCUCUAAUCGAUCUUGAAAACUGUGACUUUCUUCCCUCCUCUUUUAUUCUCCCUCUUUUUCUCUCCAGGUUUACUCCAGGCCUCUGAGUACAUAAUGUCUGUCAACAGCACUACCUUCACCAACCACGCCCUACCUCCUCAAACCUCCAACUCCUCUAUCACUCAAGGUUUAACAUGUUUUCAUUCAAGGCAAGCAAUCUUUGGUGUGUCUGCUCUUUUCUGCGCCCACCUCAGCCUCCUUCCCGUCUUCAUCCUCGUCUUCUACGUGGGUUACCGAGGCAAGAGGGGGCAGCACUCCGUCUCCAGUCCCUCUGACCUCUUCACCUAUCAUGCUGUUGCUCUGCAGCUCAAUGAAUUCCUCGGGUUCAUCAUGUUUUGUUGGGGUAGCUUCCAGUAUCUUAUAAUAAUACAGCUGUUUGGGCUCAACGUGACAAACAUAGCAGUCAUGGGGAAGGACCUGUUUCACCUCCUGACCUGUGUGGAGCGCUAUCUGGCUGUUGUCCAUCCCAUCUUUUAUCGCAGACUGAAACAGCGCAAUGGUGUCAGGAUUACAAACAUCAGCAUUGCAUGUGCUUGGGUUCUCAGCUUUACAACUUUAGUCCCAGUUCGUGAAAGCAGCACGGAUUUGAGGUUUAUCCUGAUAUUCAUUCUAACAACCUUAUUCUUGGCCUCCACCUCUUUUUGUAGCAUUUCUGUCCUAUGUACCCUAAAGCACCAGGGGCCAGGAAAAAUGGGUGGAAACAGGGAGCGGGUUGACCAAUCAAAGCAGAGGGCUUUCAACAUCAUCAUGGCUAUAACAGGAGCACUGUUGUUAAAGUUUGGAGGUGGUCUGGUGGUCUAUGUGAUGUUCAAGAGCAGAUUGUUCAGUGAUGGCUGCGCAUCAAUGCUGUUAAUCUGCUGGUUAGAUUUGCCCAGUACUCUGGUGUUACCUCUGCUGUUUCUACACCGCGCAGGAAAAUUACAGUGUGGGAAACAAGCUGCUGGAUAA